GGAAGUAUUUCGAUGACAGCGCCUCGGGCGAUGGAUGGAAAUCAACGGGCGUGUACAAGUUUAUAAUAAUUUGUUGCCGUUCAGCGGAAGAAUCUAAUUUUACGAUUUGUAGUGCAAAGUAAAUUGCUACCAUUCUAUAUUGUAUUGUCUAUGCAGUCGCUUUGUUAUGUGGUUGUACUGAAGUCUUCAAAAGAGUCCAGUGACGGUGUAAACUCUCAGCGAUUUGUGCUUGGUUAAAUGAAAAGGGUAGAUCUAUGAUGGAAGAAGAGAAACUGAUGCGAGGGGACCAAACGUCGUUUUACAGUUUAAUGAGGAAAAGAUGUAUAAACCAAAAAGAUUUUAGUGAUAUAACAUUUGUGGUGGGAUCACUAAAACAAACCAUUGCUGCUCAUAGGUGCAUUUUGGCAGCUAGAUCAGAGGUAUUUCGCUCCAUGUUUGUACAACAGUCAAUACACGCUACUGGGGAUCAAGAAGUGCCUUACGUUCUUGCUGACGUACGACCUGAAGUGUUUUUGACCACUCUUGACUACAUGUACACUAAUUGUUGCACAUUGACCCCUAAUCUCGCACCUGAUGUACUUGCAAUGUCAAUCGAUUACGGAUUAGAUGGCCUGCGGAGAUUGUCUGUUCGGUAUAUGCUUGACUCAAUGGUCGUUGAUUCGGUUUGUAGCGUUCUGCAGAGUGCUGUCAUACAUGGCCAGGAGGAAAUUCUUCAGAGGGCAUUAUCUUUCAUAGAAGCAAACACACGUGAAGUACUGACAACGACGCAAUUUCUGGAAUUGUCAGAACAAUCCCUCAGUGUUAUACUUAGAAGCGAAAAUAUCGAGGCUGACGAAAUUGAUAUUCUGCAUGCAGUCAGGCGUUGGUCAAGCGCGAAUCACGUCGUCUCAGGUAAGCCUAUGAGUCAAUUAGCAGCACCCAUUAUUGGACUAGUGAGACUUCCACUUCUCUCCGCAGAAGAGCUAAGCAAAGUUGAAGACGACAAUCGUGAAGAAAAAGUAAUUCCUGUCCAACAACUUGCCGCAGCAUGGAGAUUUCAUGCUCUGAAAGAAAAUGCACCACCAAGCGUAAUGGUUAGACCGAGGAAAGGAACUAAAGAAAGAGACACACAUCAAUAUUUAGUUAAUAAUUAAUUGUAUGAGUUUACAAAACUUCUACAUAUUAUGCUAAAGGAAUUAUUGGAGUUGAAUUACAUCUUUUUCAUGUUAUGCUUUAACAUUAAUAAACAGCUGAAAAUGGCUCGUUUGCUUUAAAACUGGACUAUCCAGAAAAUACCUUACAAUUAUUAUAUUGAAUGAAAAAGUGAUUUUUUGCAAUAAAUUACUCAGGACUUCAUUUUUUUUUUUCAAUUUAUUAUUCUGGGUCAUUGUCAAGUUUGAAUAACUUUACUUUCUCUGUAGAAUAAAAUUUUAACUCAACAACCACGCCCGAUGUUAUCCCUGUACACACUCUUCAGUCCUAAAUUGAGAUACUUAAUGUGUGUUUUUAUCAUCGUAUAUUCCAAAUAGUUUUAAGUUUUGCUUGAUGCUUUGGCUGUAUGCGCAGCAGUUUCUAUAACAGUUUUAAGACAUUAUAUAACAUAACCGUGUUUCUUUCGUUUUUUGUGCAUUGGUUUGAUUCUGAAUUCACGUUCAACUCACAUAUAUACCAUGUAAGUGGCGCACACUACUAAAUUUGCGUCACACAUAUUUUGCAGGUGUUACUUUUGUGCCUAUUCCGACGUUUAAUAGACCUAUUUUUUGUGCCGAUGGGAUCGGGACGAUUUUUUUCUUGUUUAUAGCUUCGUCCUUCGUAAAACGUUUUGAACUGCGUGGCCCCAUCUAAAAACAAUAUGCACCAUUGUUUUGUACUCAUCCCUUGCGGUUCAUUAGAAAGGUAGCGCGCACAAAAUUUUUUGUUUUUUUAAUUGUCGUCUUACAUAAUCUCUGCAUAGCCUCUAACCUUGUAAGAAAAAAUGCAAAAUUCAAGCCUUCAAAUAUUGAAA